AUGGGGCUCGGUAUUUUCUCAAUCUCCGGGACCCCGUUUAUUCCAGCGUUGCCAGUCUAUGUCCCUCCCGGAGACCACGGAAUGAGUACAUGGGCCGACUUGAGCGGAGGAAAUGCUUGGGCUCUUCAGCUUGACGGGAUCAUCUACCUGAUCAUCUACCUAGGGUUCGAUUAUGAGAUGUGCAGCACCACAUCGAAGGGUGCCGUCCAAGCUUAUGGUUAUAAGUAUGGAGCGCGAAUUCUUCAGUUGAAUUCAGUCAAAGACUUCUCUACUCACAAUAUUGAUCUAGUUAACACGCCUGCAUUGCAUAUUGUGCUAGAUAAAUGCUCCAACGGUGAGCUUUACAACACGACCAUCCGAGGUGGUAACGAAGGAGGGCUUGACGGGAUUGAUAUUUGGUGUUCGAACAUCCACGUCCACGACGUGGAAGUAAGCAACAGCAACGAAUGUAUGGUAUCAAGCGGCGGCUGCGCCAUGGGCUCUCGUGACCGGAACCGGUAUUUCUCCCUCCCGUCCUCUGUUCCCCCCUUCUCCUCAGCUAAUAAUCCAGACAUGUCAAGCAUAAUCUACUGUAACAUUUACACAGCAACCUCCAACCAAAUUUACUUCAGCAACUUCAUCGGCCAUUCCAACGCAGAAACUCUCGAUCUCAACGCUUUCUGGCCCUCUGAGAAAGUUCAAGCCGGCUCGGGAGUUCGGUAUUUCAACUUGACUUUUAAUAAAUGGAAAGGGGUCUGUCCGAAUGGAACCAAGCGAGCACCAAUGAAUGUUAUCUGUCCUGCUAAUGUCCCCUGUACCGGGAUUACGAUCAGUGAUUUUGCGGUCUGGACCAGAAGUGGGCGUUCCGUGCUGUGGAAGUGUAAGAAUGCUUUUGGGAGUGGAGGGUGCUUGGAUUCUGGGGCGGUGGAGACGAACUCGGCGAUUUCGACGAUUAAUGCUGCUCCGUUUGGAUACAAUAUCCCGAAAAUGCCAAGUGAUUUGACUGAUCUUCCUCUCAUGGAGAGCAUUCCUACUCCGCCGGUUCGUAUGACUUUCUUUCCUGCUGCUUUGUAA